AUGAGAACAAAAAAAAAAAUGAGGAGGCCUCAUGUGGUAGUCAUACCUUACCCGGAACAAGGCCAUGUUCUUCCAUUAAUGAUCUUAUCACAGUACCUUGCAAAACAUGGCAUCCAAAUCACAUUCAUCAACACAGAGCACAACAACGCUCGUAUCAUCGACUCCAUGAACGAGAACCGUUAUUCCCUCGGAGAUCGGAUCAGGCUCGUUUCGAUUCCCGACGGUCUCGAAGAUUCCCCGGAAGACAGGAACAUCCCGGGGAAGUUGUCCGAAUCAGUUCUGCGUCUGAUGCCCGCGAAAGUUGAGGAACUGAUCGAGAAGAUGGUUACGGUUGGGUCAAAACGCGGCAGCGAUUCCAUCAGCUGCGUUUUGGCUGAUCAGAGCAUUGGAUGGGCCUUGGAAGUUGCGGCCAAGUUUGGAAUAAAACGCGCCGCGUUUUGCCCAGCUGCGGCUGCGUCUAUGGUUUUGGGGCUCAGCAUUCAGAAACUGGUCGAAGAUGGGGUCAUCGACCUUGAUGGAAAUCCGAAGGUAGACAAGAGAAUAAGGCUAAGUCCGGGCAUGCCGGAGAUGGAGACGUCGAAGUUCGUGUGGGUUUGUCUGAAGAACAAACACUCUCAGAGUAACAUCUUUCAGCUUCUCCUUCGCAACUCCAAAUCUCUCGUCUUGGCUGAUUGGUUGUUGUGCAACUCCGUGUACGAGCUCGAGUCUGCUGCGUUUGGUAUGGGCCCGCAUAUUAAGCCCAUUGGGCCCAUUAGUUCAACCCAUUCGGUUGAAGAGGACGCCACGUCAGCAGGGAGUUUCUGGGCAGAGGACCGAGAGUGUUUGGAUUGGUUGGACCGGGAGGAACCCGGUUCGGUUAUUUAUGUGGCUUUCGGGAGUUUUGGGCUUAUGGGCCGGUCUCAGUUGGUAGAGUUAGCCAUGGGCCUCGAGCUCACCCACAGGCCGGUCUUGUGGGUAACCGGCUGCGACCAAACCGAGGAACUCGCCGUGACACGAGCCAAGGUAGUGAGAUGGGCCCCACAAAGAGAGGUCCUGGGCCACCGAGCGAUCGGAUGUUUCGUGAGCCAUUGCGGAUGGAACUCGACCAUGGAAGGAACCGCAAACGGCGUCCCGUUCUUGUGUCGGCCCGUCUUCGCCGACCAGUUCAUAAACAUGACGUACAUCUGCGACGAGUGGAAGACCGGUUUAGCCUUCGAGAGAGGCAUGGUUUCGAGGUCGGAAGUGAAGAAGAAGGUCGAUGAAGUUAUGGGAAAUGGAAUGUACAAGAAAAGGGCGAUGGAGGUUAAGGAGAUUGCCAUGAAAAGUUUUGGAGAAGGUGGCAAGUCUCGUGAAAAUCUCAACAACUUUGUUGCAUGGAUCAAGGAAUGUACUUGAUGACCAUAUAUGUUACUGGUCUUACUUUGCCAUAAAUUCUUAAUAUCUGCAUAUAUAUAUAUAUACAUACAUAUAUAUAUAUAUAUAUUAUUUUGUUCACAAACGGAAAUAAGGGAAUAUAAGCAGCCGCCAAUAAAAAGGAAUCUUGUGGU